ACCGGAAGUAUUUGAAUUGGCUCGUUCUACGCUGUUGCAUUUUGGGUAGGCGGAAAAAGGCUCCAAAGACACAAGAAAUCGACGAACGCACGUUGUUGAGUUUCUUUGGUGAAAACGAUAAGCGGAGCACUGGUUUUCAGCUAUAACAUACCAGGAAAUUAACUCAAGAUGUCGAUCGGCGUGCCCAUCAAAGUCCUGCAUGAGGCCGAGGGACACAUUGUGACCUGCGAGACCAACACUGGAGAGGUGUACAGAGGCAAACUUAUUGAGGCUGAGGACAACAUGAACUGCCAGAUGUCUAACAUCACGGUGACCUAUCGUGAUGGGCGGGUGGCCCAGCUGGAGCAAGUGUACAUCCGCGGCAGCAAGAUUCGCUUUCUGAUUUUACCCGACAUGCUAAAGAACGCGCCCAUGCUAAAGAGCAUGAAGAAUAAGAACCAGGGCUCCGGUGCCGGGAGAGGCAAGGCAGCCAUCCUCAAAGCCCAAGUGGCUGCAAGAGGCAGAGGGCGUGGUGGAAUGGGAAGAGGAAAUAUGUUCCAAAAGAGACGAUAAUUUCUGCAGCUUGUGUUUUUUUUUUUUUUUUUUUUUGUAUAAUUUCCCCCCCCCCAC